AUGGAGCUUGCGCUGCGCGCUCGGGGCCCUGGCGGUAGAAGCUUGCCCGAGGCCUCGCGCUGCCAUGGAGCACUCGCGCCGUCCCACGACCCCGCUGGCCUCGCGCGUCGCCGGCGGCCUCCUGAAUCUCAGCAAGUUACUGAAUCCCUGUCCGCGGUUCUGUGGGGGGCGUGGCGGGCUCUGGACCGAUUCUGGCUCCGCCCACGGAGGCUGGGCCGCGCCCUGCGUUCGCAGGGUUUACUUGGCAUGGCGUACCGCUUCCCCUCCGGCGACAUGAAGGAGUUCCUCGGCCUCGCCGCUGCAGCAUACUCUGAACCCAUGGCCCUGGCGUCGUACGCCGUCACUCCUCAAGCGCUUCCCUUCGACCACAGCAUCACCAGGCAGCAUGGUACUAGUGCUUCUCGAUUCUUGGCCCUAGUAAUUGAUCUGCUGAUCUCACGUGGCGUGUUUAAUUACUUGGGCUGA